AUGCUCGACGCAUACUGCAAAAAUGGGAAGAUGGCUUCUGCACGCCAACUGAUUGUUGAAAUGCCUUGGCGGGAUGUCGUCUCUUGGACCACUAUGGUCAAUGGUUGCGCCAAGAACGGGCGCUGUAGAGAAGCAUUUGAUUUCUUUAAGUCUAUGGUGGAUGUGGGUUUAUCGCCUCAUGAAGCCACUCUGGUUAGUGUUAUUUCUGCCUGUGGAGGUCUAGGGGCUGCUAAUGAAGGGAAAUCUCUCCAUGGUUAUGUGAUUAGAAGAAGCAUUAUGAUUACUCCAUUUCUUGGUACAUCACUAAUCGACAUGUAUGGAAAAUGUGGUUUGCUAAAGUCUGCCAUUAUAGUAUUUGGGAGUAUGCAAGUGAAGCAGUUGUGCACUUGGAAUGCCAUGAUCUCGACGUUUGCAGCACAUGACUGUGGCAAUGAGGCCAUGUCCACUUACAAUGAUAUGCUGAAGGCUGGUCUGAAACCAAAUGGGAUCACCUUUCUUGGAGUACUCACAGCAUGUGCACGAGCUGGUUGUGUUGAAUUAGGCAUCAAAUAUUUUGAUUCUAUGCAUACGGAAUUCAACAUUUCACCGUGGACUGAGCAUUAUAGCUGCAUGGUUAAUCUUCUCGGUGCAGCAGGUCUCUUACAGGAGGCUAGCGAGUUUAUAAGGAGGAUGCCAGUGGAUGUUGAGGGAUCAGUCUGGGGUGCCUUGUUGGGGGCUUGCAGGCUGCAUGGGGAGUUAGGUUUAGGUGAGUCCGCAGGCCAGAGGCUUCUUGGUUUAGAGCCAGAGAGGUGUGGAGCUUAUGUUGUAUUGCCAAAUAUCUAUUCUGGUUGUGGUAGGUAG